CGCCCACACCGAGCCGCGGCGCGCACGGAGGCUGUCCCGCCUGCCACAAUGCACGGUAGAACUGCGACCGCAACUUGCAGGGGUCGUGCCUAACGUCGCCGCCGCUCGACGUCUCUAGGACAGGCCAGCUCUGACGCCGCACGCGGACCCUCCUCACUGGAGCCCCCCAUGCGCUCACCCUCCAGUGCCCGGCCAGGCAGACGCGGAGCCGCGCGGGUGACGGCAGAAGCGGCUACGCGCCCAGCCUAGCCCAGCCCAGCCCGAGAAGAGGGCGCGCCGCGCCCCCGCCCCCCGCCGCUCUCCGGAGGCCGUGGGUGCGGAUGCGCCGCUGACGACUCCUGCGAGAGCACCGCGCGUCCGAGCCCGCAGCAUGGCAGCCGCCGCCUAUGUGGACCACUUUGCCGCCGAGUGCCUCGUGUCCAUGUCCAGCCGCGCAGUCGUGCACGAGCCGCGGGAAGGACCUGAACCCCGGCCCGAGGGCGCGGCCGCCGCCGCCCCCACACUGCCCCGCGUUGACGAGCGCCGCGACGGCAAGGACAGCGCCUCGCUUUUCGUAGUGGCUCGGAUCCUAGCGGACCUCAACCAGCAGGCGCCGGCGCCCGCCCCCGCGGAACGCAGAGAAGGGGCCGCUGCGCGCAAGGCGAGGACCCCCUGCCGCCUGCCGCCCGCGCCCCCUGCGCCGCCGCCGGGCCCAGAGCCCGCCUCCCCGGGACAAGCGGGCGCGCCGGCCGCGCCCCCCAGCCCCGCGUGGAGCGAGCCCGAGGCAGCAUUGGAGCCAGAACCCGGCCCCGCGGGGAGCGGCGAGCCUGGCCUCAGACAAAGGGGUCGGCGGGGCCGGAGCCGUUCGGACCUCGAGUCCCCGCAGAGGAAGCACAAGUGCCACUACGCGGGCUGCGAGAAAGUUUACGGGAAAUCUUCGCACCUCAAGGCGCACCUGAGAACUCACACAGGUGAGAGGCCUUUCGCCUGCAGCUGGCAGGAGUGCAACAAGAAGUUUGCGCGCUCGGAUGAGCUGGCGCGGCACUAUCGCACGCACACGGGCGAGAAGAAGUUCAGCUGCCCCAUCUGCGAGAAGCGCUUCAUGCGGAGCGACCACCUGACGAAGCACGCACGCCGCCACGCCAACUUCCACCCGGGCAUGCUGCAGCGGCGCGGCGGGGGCUCGAGGACCGGCUCGCUCAGCGACUACAGCCGCUCGGAUGCCAGCAGCCCCACCAUCAGCCCGGCCAGCUCACCCUGAGCACCCGCGCUCGGACCGCGCCUCCUCUCCCCUUUGGUAAUAGGAAAGCUGAGCGAACUUGAGAAGUCCACAGCAAAAUAGUUUUCUUCACCUCAGGUGUCAAUUUUUAACAAAAAGAAAAAAAAUUCUCAAAAAAACAAAACAAAACAAAAACAAACCCGGAAUUAAAACACCACCCACAAAUUGCACAAUACAGCUAUCCACGAAGUUGAGAUUCAGCGGUGUUGAAAGUCCCCCCCUCCCCCCUUUCUCAGGGAUGAACGCGGUCCACGAGGUCAGUGAGGGCAUGCCUUUAUGCCGCCUUACUUUGUACAUAGAUUUGCACUCUGGAGUCUUCUGUGAGGUUUAAGGAUUACAUUGGGGCAGAACGAGACAGCUAGAAACAGAGAUGUGGUCACUGAUAUUGUGUUUUUGCAGCAGACCCCCAAAGGCCUGUGACCCUCUCCUGCCUACCACUCAGUUGUGGUCCUCUGCCCCUUGGCCUGGCUUAUAGCACAGGUGGGCCUGAGGGACUGGCCACCUCACAGGGAUGUGGUAAGCCAUGACAGACCAUGGUGCACUUGCCUAUGGAACUGUGGAGGACAUCUGUCUUCUAAGGCUGGGCCUGCCUGCCUACCUGCCUGCCUGCCUACCUACCUGCCUCCAGAAAUUCAUGGGAAAAUGGAGGCCAGAUGCAAACCCUGCCUGGAUUGGCACAUCAUUGUUGCCAACAACCCAUGAAGGCGGCUGGGCCCUGCCUGCCCUACAAGAAGGAACCUGGGACCCUUCACUAUCACACCAUGUUCUCAGACUGGGAAAUAGUGCCCUGGGCACAUUGUACUGAAACUGCUUCCUCCCAAAAUUGGUGUUGUUUCCUCCAGCUCCUCACGCUCUCAUUCCCUGGGCCACUGGACAGGACUGUCAUGACCCCUCUGCUUCUUCAGUCUGUGAGCGGGCGCAGAGCUCACACACCCCACAGGACUGAUGCCGGUGCCUCAGAGCAGCACAGCAGGUGUUACAGGAGAUGCUACUGCAGAAACAAGGAUUCUGCUUCUCUGGGGGACGCCGUAUGAAAAUUGUGGGGAUCACUUUCUCAGAACCUUGGGUACCGACCUAGCAAACCCACAGUUCCACACUGUUACACUUUUCUGUCCUGCCUCUGCCUGCCCGGCCUGGGAGCACCCAAACCACACCCAGUCUGCAGUGUGGGUUAGGACAGGGAUGGGUAGCCUGCUGAUAGGACAGCAGGAGUGGAAGCCAGGCCCAUCCUAUUUCUCCUGGAGCCCAGACCUGGGCUACAUUGGCUUCAGGUGCUGGGCCUUGUCAGCAAGACCAUGUUCUGGUUGCUCCUUUGCAGAUGCUUGGAGUGUCAUCUACUCCCACCCUGCAGAGGCCCAGGCAUUUCUUCCCCUUCUCCCAAGGACUGGGGCCUAGGAACACAAGGCCCCAGGACUCUGUGUGUGUGUGUGUGUGUGUGUGUGUG